AUGAAUCUUCGUCCGCUCAAUAGGCAAACGCUUUGCGCUGCACUGCGCUUUGCCAAUUCCUCCUUUCGUCCUAACACAGCCCGUCAUCUUUCCAUCACCCCCAGCCGUUUCGAGCGCCGUAACGAGCAAGGCCGUAGCUUUCCUGAACAAAGCACCAGCACCAGGGACGCCGCCGCAUCCCUGCCCCCGUCGACUGCAUCGCCCUAUCCUACGACGGCAUCCGCCGGCGGCCACCUCCCUCGCCUCCAAGGAAAGGUCGCCGUCAUCACUGGGGCCUCCUCCGGCCUUGGCCGUGCGAUUGCACUGGCUUACGCUUCGCACGGCGCCAAGUUGAUUGUCUGUGCAGAUUUGCGCCCCGCUCCGUCGCUGGGAGUGGAAGAUGGCGAGGAUGCAGUAGUCCCGACACAUGAACUCAUCAACAAGGCAUUCGGCAACGGCAAGGCCGUCUUUGCCAAGUGCGAUGUCGGUAUUCCAACAGACGUCAAGCAGGCUGUUGAUCUGGCUGUUGACAAGGGCGACGGACGCAUGGACAUCAUUGUCAAUAACGCGGGGCUUGGGAUCAAGGACCCAUCCAUACGUGUGCACGAGGAAGAAGACGACGAGUUCGACAGAAUGAUGAGAGUCAACGUUCGCGGAGUCUAUCUCGGCUGCAAGUAUGCCUGCGCUCAGUUUCUCAAGCAAGGCCCGGACCCCAGUGGGAGACGAGGCUGGAUCGUGAAUGUUGCCAGCAUGUUGGGCUACGUGGGAAUCACAAACGGCGCUGCCGCUUACUGUGCAAGCAAAGGUGCCGUUCUUAACAUGACCAGACAGAUCGCCGUUGACUACGCAGCUGAUCGAGUCCAUUGCAACGCGUUGUGCCCCGGCUUCACAAAAACCUCGAUGACAAAGGGGAAUUUUACUGAUCCCGAAAUCAAUGCCGCCAUGAUCAACACUACACCGUGGCGCGAAUGGGGGAAUGUGACGGAUGUGGCUAAAGGUGCCGUUUUCCUAGCCUCGGAUGACGCGGCGUGGGUGACUGGAAUCGGACUGCCCGUCGAUGGCGGCUAUUUGGCGCAGUAG